CACGUUGCCAUGCCUCCGGCUUUUGUUUACAUGUAGCCGAGGGUUCCGCUAGCUAACAGCUUUAGCUAACAGCUCCGUUCAUCGUGUCUGUGGACGUUUGUGAGCCCGCGCGCAGUUUGACGAUGCCACCGAAGAAUAAAGGCAAGAAGGCCGGGAAGGGGAAGUCCUCUGCGGUAGUGGACGGUCUUUCAACGGAGGAGAUGUCCAAGGAUCAGCUGGAGGAGCACAUAGUUCGCCUCCGAGAGGAGCUGGACAGAGAGCGGGAGGAGAGGAGCUACUUCCAGCUGGAGAGGGACAAGAUCCAGGCCUUCUGGGAAACCUCCAAGAGGAACCUGGAGGAGACGAAGGCCGAGCUGAGGAACAGACGCAGGGAGAGAGAGGAGGCCGAGGAGCGCCACCGAGUGGAGAUCAGUGUGUACAAGCAGAAGCUGAAGCACGUCCUGUCCGAACAACACAACACCAUCUCUGAGCUGAAGAUGGACGGCGUCGCCUCCACCUCGCUGGUCCAGAAUCAGCACACCCAGUCGGAGCUCAGGCUCCGGAAAGACGUGCACGGCCUGCAGGCGGACUGCAGAGAGAAGAGGCUGCAAAACGAAACCUGCAUCAAGGAGCUGAAGCUGACACACCAGGUGGAGCUGAUGGAGCUGACGAACGACUACGACAGGAGGAUCAGAGAAAUUGAAGUCAAAUACCACAAGAAAAUGCAGUCGAUGAUCGAGGCGGAGGAAAAGAGGCGGAGGGCGGAGGUCAGCCAGCUGGAGCAGAGAAUGAGAAGUCGCGUCGUGACUGUGAUGGAGGACCAGGACCGAGCUCUCAGAGGGGCCGAGGAGUAUUUCUUUACCGCUCAGACCAAACAGCUGGCGGAUCAGAAGGCGCUGAAGGAGCGCCUCGCGGAGGCGCAGAAGCAGCAGGCGCGAGCAGACAGAGAGCUGUCAUCAGCUCAGGAGGAGAACAGGUGUCUGCGCGAGGCUCUGCACGAGGCGGAGCAGAAGCUGCCCGAGCUCCGGAAACAGCUGGAAGACUACAACCGGGCCAAGGCCAAGAUGGCGACGAGCAGAGCGCGAGUGAAGGUCAUGGAGCAGGAGCUGAGAGAGCUGAGCGUGGAGCACGAGCUGCUGCUGCAGGCCUUCCAGAAGGUUCAGCAGGAGCGUGACGAGCUGCUGCGGAGGCAGACGGAGGCCGUGCUGGACGUGCAGCAGAGGAGCGGGCUGAAGGAGCUGCUGCUGGAGAGGAAGCUGGCCGCUCUCACCGAGACUCUGGAGAAGAAGGAGGCUCAGCUCUGCGCCGCGCUCUCCGCCUCCACCGCCGGCCAACCUGCAGCCAGCGCCGCGGCAGACAAACUCCAGGAAAUCCUGGAGUGUAAAGAUGUCACCAGCAGAGCCCUACAGGAGGACCUGGCUCGAGAGUGUCAGGAGUACAACGAGCUGCUGCUGACCUGUAAGGAGCGGCUGAAGACUUCGGGCGUCCCUCUGUUGGACUUUCCCUUCAGGUCCGCAGAGCAGAUCCUGAACGGCCCGACCCCCAAACCCUGAGCUCCUCCGGGGGUCAGGCUUCCUGUCACCUGCUCCACCUGGACACGCUUCCACCUGAAAUACUUGACGUCUCUACCUCUCUGUCAUUUCAUCAGUCAUCAUUUAGAUAACUGUUUGUAGUUUCCUGCUGUUUGCUGCAGAUUUUCUUGAUAUUUUGAAACAAAUAAAAUUAUUUUUACAUUUCUGCUGA